UCACUGAGGAGGAUUACCGGAGGCUGCUUCGUCCUCGGCUGCAUUAAAGCUGGAGCUGCCGCAGCUGCACACACACACACACACACACACACAAGUCAGAAAAGGCUCUGCUCCUCUUCCUCACCGCAGCUCCCUCCGACGGCAGGUCGACUGGAUGGUGGAGCCAUCUCUUCUUUUUACGCACGGUGUCCGGUCGACAUAACGGGAUAUAAAGCGGACAUAUACUUUGACUUUCACCGGUCUAUACGUCGAGAUGAUGCACUGAAGGAGACAAACUGGACACAGGUCGUGUUCAUCCUGAGGCUGCAGUGAAACAGGAGGAGAGGGAUUGCAGGUUCCAACAAGGUUUAACACUCAGCCACCAUAAAAAGGUCUUCUAGUUGGUGACCGACUUUUUUAAAGGGUGAUUCUUGCCCCUGUGCGGGGGGAUCAUCGGCAGGAGGAAAACAUAGAUCUAUAAAACAAAUUAUGGCCACCCUACUGCGGAAGAUCGGUCUGAUCCGCCUGCACGACCGAGACACCGAGGAUCCGAAGCACCAUCAGGGCUCGCUAAAGGGGACUAAAGGAGGCAACCAGAAGAACAACGCCAACAAACACUGUCAGACCGCCAACGAGACCAACAACAUCCUGAGCACGCCGGAGAUUAAGGCGAGGAAGCUGGACCAGCAGGGCAAGGACAAGCCGUCCGGCAAGGAUAAGGAUAAGGAUAAGCAGCAGGGCAAGGACGCGAAGGAGAAGCAGCAGACUGGAGGAGGAGGAGGUGGUGGAGGAGGUGGAGGAGGAGGUGGUAGUAAAGCGACCUCCUCGAUACCUCCGCUGGCGCCUCACCGGCAACACUGCACCCAGGUCCGGACGCGCAGGCUCAUGAAGGAGCUGCAGGAGAUCCGGAGGCUAGGGGACAACUUCAUCACGGUGGAGCUGGUGGAGGACAACCUGUACGACUGGAACGUCAAGCUGCACCAGGUGGACAAGGACUCGGCGCUGUGGCAGGACAUGAAGGAGACGAGCACCGAGUUCAUACUGCUCAACGUCACCUUUCCCGACAAUUUCCCCUUCUCGCCGCCGUUCAUGCGCGUCCUGACGCCCCGCCUGGAGAACGGCUACGUGCUGGACGGCGGCGCCAUAUGCAUGGAGCUGUUGACACCCAGAGGAUGGAGCAGCGCCUACACGGUGGAGGCGGUCAUGAGGCAGUUUGCGGCCAGCCUCGUUAAAGGACAGGGGCGUAUAUGUAGGAAAGCAGGGAAGUCCAAGAAAGCUUUCAGCCGCAAGGAAGCCGAGGCCACCUUCAAGUCCCUGGUGAAGACCCACGAGAAGUACGGCUGGGUGUCCCCGCCUGUCUCCGACGGCUGAACGCUCGGCCGCCGACCAUCCGCCCCCCCCCCCGCGCUAGCCGGACGAAACCCAGCUAGUCCCCCGACACGCAAAACGACACACCACGCUAACUCAACAAUCUCCCAUCUUCACCUUUUGCUGUUUUCACUCAAAGAUUUUUUCUUUUGUGUGUUAUUAUUCUUUUGAAUUAUUUUAUUUUUUUUGGCCCUCAUCUCCACCGAAACUCUCGGAGAGCAGACACGCCGCCGCCAUCAUUGUCACUCCUCCACCAAGACGCGACUUCCCCUCCCUCUCGCUCCAGGGAGAUACUUUCCCCCAUUUUGGAAAGACCCGAGAGGGAGGUGUGUGUGUGUGUGUGUAUGUGUGUGUAUGUUUGUCACUCCAUCGGACAUCAGCUGGGAGUGUGUGUGCGUGCAUUGGAGUGUGCGUUACUGUCGGUGGAUUUCUUUUUUUUGUCUUAACGCACACCCAUGCACGUCUAGGAUAAACCGGACAGUGUGGACUUUUCCACCCAUGUGAAAGACUACUGAAUGAAGGAGAUUCAUCACCCCCUCCUCUCCUCUCCUCUCCUCUCCUCACCAUCCCAUCCUUCCUCUCCUCUCUCCCUUCUUCUCUACAGCACUGAACUGGCAUCACUUCCCGCCGUCUCUCUCUCUGUAGCUGUCAGGUCAUUUACAUAUAAAUGAAGCUGUUAAUGUUUAAUAGACGGGCAGCGCACUGGCGUUUAUACUCACUCAUUCACUCCUUCAUUUCCCCCUUUCUUUUGACUGUGCCGUUGCUCACAGUUCAAUGCAACAAGAUUGUAAUUUACAUGGAGCUGUGCUCUCUCUCUCUCUCUCUCUAUCUAUCUCUUUCUUUAGCUCGCUCGUUCACUUUGUUUCUCUUUCUUUCUCUUCCGUCUCUUGUGGCUAAAUUUAGAGCUCACUGUUGCGUAGAUGGAUUUCUAAUGGAGAAAUUAAAAAGUCACAUGUUGCUUUUAUGCAGAGACUCUGUAGGAUAUAUGAUAAAUAGAAUGACAGUCAAUCACCUCUCGUUCUUUCUCUCUCUACUCUCAUGUUAUCGUGUGUGUGUGUGUGUGUGUGUGUGUGUGUGUGUGUAGGAGAGGAAGAAGACUGUAAUUCCCAUGAUUUAGAUACCAGAUGGUACAGCUGAAGGCCAGGCCUCAGUAUGUGUGUGUGUGUGUGUGUGUGUGUGUGUGUGUGAGCAAGGGAGACAACCCUUUAAACAGAGAAGAAUAUGAUUUACUGUGAAUGACACUAUAAGGCCUAAAGGGAGUGCUGUUUGUUUUUUUCGCUGAAUUACUCGUCGCCGUCUUGUUCCACUUUCUAUGUCAGCUCCUGAUUAUUAGUACUGUAAACACGUGUGUGUGGUUGUGACUGAAUAUCUGUCUCUCUCCGAUCCAUGUAAAGGUCAGUAGAAUAUAUACGUUUCGGACGCUCACACACACGUACUGUAAAGCUCGCCCACACACAACACACAAACUCGUACGCGUACACCUGCUGCUUCGAACACCCAGAAAUGGAGACAGACAGACUAAGGGCUCAGGCGGCGCUGCCUGCCGCGGAUGGAGUGGUGCUCUAAAAUGAGCGUAUACGCUUCAGAGCCCGCCUGAUUGAUGUCUGCUGAAAGAGAGAAAAGCAAUAGGGAGAAGAGGAGGAGAGGAAGGACAGAGGGGAGAGGAGGGAGCUUUGAUCACUAUACCGGCUGCUUCUGGAAAUGUCAGGUGGCUUGCAAAAUGUCCGAGGACAGAUAUUAUUUGCUCUCCCCCGCUGUGAUUACUUAAGAGACACACAGUUCCUGCGUUCCAACCUUUAAGAAGGACUUUAUGAAUAUCUAAUAUUAACUCUACGGCUGCAGCAGCGUCACUCUCAAUCAAUCGGACGCCUACUAGCUACAGACUAUCUGUCUGUCCAAUCCAGUGGGCUGUUUGUUUUGCUAUCUGCCAGUUAAAUGUCAGAGGGAAAGCUGCUAAUUGGUCUGACAUUUCAGCAGAGCGUCAUUAGAGGGGAGCAGAAGGAUGGAGGAUGUCAAACCUCCCGCUCGGCGCUGACAUUUCGCCACUUUCUGCCCGUGCCCUGUAUUUUUGCGGGGAGGGCGAGGAGGGUAGAGGAGGGCAGAUGGGGUAGGUGUGGAGAGACAGGGGGUGUGGGAGCAUCUCGAGCUCUCAGCAGGGCCCCAACCGUAAUCCCAGCCCGUUCUCAUUCCCAGGAAGUCAAAUACUGAGGCUUUGUCACAGAUGGCGGAGUUCGAUACGCUAUGAAACGCACCGGGCGUUCCAUUAACUCCAAUGUAAACCCAUACGUCGCAAGCAGUAAACUCUCUGAGAAAGUGCGCCGGGAGUGUUGUGUGAUGUAGUUUAAAGAGCGAAAAGAGGCACACAGGGCGGGUGGGAGGGGACAUGGACGGGUCCAACAAAUGCAAGACUUUCAUCCAGGAGAACCUGUUCAUGUCCCGUGCGUCACGUUACAAUCAGCUGUUCGUUCGUGUCCCGAGUUCACAGCGUUCAGUGUCAUUUUCACCAUAAAAACGUAAUAGUUUUAAGCCAAACCAUGUAGUUCUUUGCUAAUGUGACACCAAGGCUAACUAUAGGGGUUUUGAUGUAGAAAAUAAAGUGACGCCAAGGGGCGUGACCAGGGGGUGAAAGUAGAUAGAAGUUCCUGUCGGUACUACUAGGCCCAACUAUCAUCGCUUGAUAUUGCUCUCCUCACACUCCUCCCAGCUUCAUGCAUCCCUGAAUUCAAUACCUGUAUGGUGUAGAAAGAAAUUAGAAACACUUGACAUCAUGUGUAGCAAAUUAUUUAUUGAAAUGGUGAAAGUGCUGCAUAAUAAUUUGUAAAAUGUUGACAAAACUUUUCAAGUUGUUAUUCCGACCUAAGGGGGCAUUCAUGGGGAUUUUUAUGAGGAGCGCGGUCAGACCCCGCGGAUCCAAGCGAGUAUGCAGGUGAAGUGUCGUUCCCCGUCUGAAAAGACCUUUAUGCGUGUAAAAAUUAACCGAAAACAUAACCUCCUUGACGAAGUAACUAACUGUAUGUUGACCUGAUGUUAGCAGAUGUGUUUCCAUAAUGGAAAUGCGAUCGUGAGAGGCGACGGGUUGUACGUGGGUUUUGGCAGGUAGCUGCUGUCCCUUUUUUCCCGGUACUGCGUAUCGGCACUGAAUCUCUUAGUGGUACGGAGUACCGGACUGUACCGGCCUACUUUCACCCCUGGGCGUGACAAAGCAGCGUUAUGUGACAAGUUGGAAUGAGAACGUGUUAGUAAUCCUAAUGUAGGAUGUUUAAACCGCUGUGCUGAAGCUGCGCUGCCAGCAUGUCGCAUUUGACCGGGGCUGCGCCGCGUUUUCAAAGCCCGCCCUCGUGUCGCGUUUGUGGUCGAUAACAAAAUGUCCGUCUGUGUGUGAGUGCAUGUGUGAGCAAAUAUGUGUGUUACGCUCCCAUCGUGUGAAAAAAAACAGGAGAGUAAAAAAAAAAAACAACACACCAUCUGGUAUGUGAUCAUGUACGAAAGCGUGUUUGAAUUUGGCUAGUCAUUUCAGGGUCGAUCGUAUAGUGAUCUCUCGGCUCGUCAGCGGAGAAAACUGUAAACUGAAUUAUUAUUAUUAAGACAAAAUAUCUCAAAAAGCUGAGUGUUUGCUGGUUUCAAGAGAAUAAUUUUGUGAUAUAGUUUAGAUUGGUAGUUUGCAGACACUAACUGGGUGAACUGAUUAUGUUGUAUUAUAUCUGCAUGUGAUAUGUGAUUGGUAGCUAGCUACUGUAUAUCUUUUUUCAAGAAAAGCAAGAAAAAAUACGGGGGGUGAAAAACAAAAAUGCAAAUGCUUCUCUUUUCUUGUUUUCUUUUUUUGGGAGGUUCUGUAUUGUAUGUAUAUUUCUUUUUUCGUUCGAAACGUCCUAAAAAAAAAAAAUGUCACAUUGUGUUAUAUGAAUGUUUGUGUUUUAAUUUAUUUGUGGUUUGCCAAAAUGAAGAUUUGAAGCAUGUUGCAGGUAUUGUCACAAGAAAAUGAGAAGAAAAAAAAAACCUUACUAAGAAUGAUAGCCUAUGUAUUUUGUGUGAUGGGGGAAGGUGUGUUUAUUUGGGGGGAUUUCAGGGAGUAAAGAAGGACAAAAGGUUGCAAAGCCUCAAGAUUAUAAAAGGGAGUAUUUUCUUCAUUUGGGAGUUCAAUUAAGAAAAUGUCUACGCUCCCUUGAAUACUUCCUAGUCCCCUCCGUGAUGUCACUACUGUCCCUUCCCCAUUGGUCCUGCUCUAGACAGUGAUUUGGCUUAUGGGUAAUGCAGUCAACACAAAGAAUCUGGACUGAAGUUUUCCCCAGUCACAGAUCAAGGAUCAGUAUGACCUCCCUGUGCUUCAAAUCUCACUCAUAAAAGGGAAUGUGCACAUCUGACCUGUGAUCAGUCACUCUGGGCGACUUUAUCCCACUCCUGACUUGAGUGUUUGGUCGAGACCGAGGUCUUAAAAGUUCAAAAAGGUGAAAGGUCGUUGCAAGACCAAACAGGAAUGUGCAAUAAAAGUUACAGCUUAUUCGAA